AUGAAGAUUUUCAAGUAUCACAACAUUGACACUCUGAACAGCUGGCCGGCACUUUCGCUGGCAGUGCAAUCAAACUGGGGCGGACCAACGUCAAGCGACAAGCGCGACUGGCUCUGCGGUGCGGUCUCCGAUAUGCUCAGCGAGCGGCCGGAGACAGACGCCGAGGACCUGGAGGAUGUGCUGAUCCAGGUGAUGAACGACGAGUUCGAUGUGGUGGUGGACGACGAGAGCGCAGGCAACGUUGCGGCGGAGAUCAUGGAGAUGAAGGUGCAGACGGCGCGCGGCGAGUUUGGGCCUAUUCGGCAGAUGUGGGAGAAUUACCAACAGAAGAGUCAGCAGAAGGCUGGUGGCGGUGCGGAGAUGUUUAAGAAGGUGGAGGCUAGAGAUGAGGAUCAGGAGACGGAUGAUGAGGAGGAUAGUGAUGAUGCUGAGGGGAUGGAUGUUGAUAUGGAUGAUGCACCUGCUUUGGUGAGGGCGCCGAGGGCGAAGGUCGAGCCGGAGGUUGACGAAGACGGGUUUACUAAGGUCGUCGGAAAGUCGAAGCGUUGA